AUGGCAGAAUUUGUAACAAAUUUAAAAAGUAAAUGCAAAAUUUUUUAUAAAGUAAUAUCCAUGAAUUGUUUCCCAAAUGACCAAAUGUUAAACAAGCACAAAACUUCAAACAGUUUCUGCAAGUCGAAAGUAAUUACAACAUCAUCAUCAGGUCAUCUGGGACUUAGCCCCAGUUUGGGGUCCACAUUUCGUUUGCUAUAG